AUGGCCAUCGAAUCUCAAUAUUUCCUAUUUUCAUUAAUCUUGUUGAGUCUGUUUUUUUUCGUUCCCAAUAUAGCCUACCCCGAAUGCGACGCCACCCAGUGGAUUCCUCUCAAGUCGUAUGAAAUCAACAGCGAUGACAUGGUUGAGCUCGCAAAUUACACAGUGACUGAGUACAACAUAGAGAAAAAAACGAAUUUAGUAUUCAAACAAUUGCUCUACGGCUGCAAACGGGCGGACUCGGGACUUGAGUUAUCUCUGGUUGAAGAAGCCACCGAUUACGGGAAUUGCACCACAGCUGUCGGGAACUGCUACGGCGUUGACGGGAACUACACGGCGGUCGUGAAGGUUCUGGACUGGUACACAAAGCUCGAGUCCUUCGCUAAGAUUGAAUGA